AAAGAGCGAGCAAGUCGGCCAUAAACCGUGUUGAGUUUUGUGUUAAAAUGUAACUUUAUUUUGAUUAAAUGCAACUACCUCCAAUACUCACAGCAUAAAUGCGGCAAUGUAGAAACCUUACACAGAAUAUAUAAUAGCAAUACAUAUGUAAUAAAAAAAGGAGAGGUGCAAGUAAUAUUCCAACUCGUAUUCUACAGUAAAUAUGAGUACAUGAACUGAAGUUCUGCACGGACUGGAAUGCGCAGAAAGUAACAGGAAGAGAGGGGGCAGUGGGAAGAAGAAAAGGCAAUCAUGUCAAUGAACCCAAACCAACUGCAGCAGCAGCAGCAGCAGCAGUUACAUCAACAACAACAGCAGCAGCAUGCAGCAGCAACAACAGUAGGCGCAACAUGCAACCGCGAGAGAGGGAGAGACAGAGAACGUGAACGUGAACGUGAGAAGGAGAGUGAUAGAGAGUGGACUGGUAGCAGUUCACAGCGGAAUUUGAUUGAGUUCCUUAGCAUAUGCAUUGCCUGUUGUGUUUGCUAUUAUAACAGCAUGCAGUGCGGCCUCGUCUUUGACGACAUUAGUGCGAUAAGGGAUAACAAGGAUUUGCGACCCGGUACACCGCUGCGUAAUGUGUUCCUCAACGAUUUCUGGGGCACACCUAUGCGCAAGGAGCAGUCGCACAAGUCCUACAGGCCUUUGACUGUGCUGACAUUCCGAUUUAACUACUUGCUGCAUGCACUGGAACCAUUCGGCUAUCACCUCGUCAACCUGCUACUCCACAUCGCCGUCUGUUUGCUGUGGCGUCGCGUCUGCCGCCUGCUGCUGCGCCAGUGUGUGGCACCAGCUGCUAGUAGUAAUGAAGGAGCCUCGUCCUUUGCCCUAUACGCGUCCUCACUUAACACAUGCGCCUUUGUGGCUUCGCUCCUGUUUGCCGUACACCCGGUGCACACGGAGGCCGUUACUGGCGUCGUCGGUCGAGCCGAAUUGCUCUCAUCGCUGUGCUAUUUGGCCGCCUUUCUCAGUUACGCGCACGCAACGAGUUCCUCGCCACGACGCACGAACUGGGCCUCACUUUGUUUAGGCUUCGGCAGUUGCCUGACUGCCUCCAUGCUGUGCAAGGAGCAGGGCAUUACCGUUGCUGGCAUUUGUGCCGUUUAUGAACUAUUUGUGGUGCAGCAACUGCGUCCGCUGCACCUUUGCCAUUUUGUUAUGCGCAUAUUCGAGGAGCAGCCAGCGGCGAAGACAGCUGGCAGCAGUAGCAGCACUAGCAGCAGCACGCGACGCUUGUCCGCGGCUCUGUGGACACGCUUGGCAUUCCUCACCAUCAUCACAGUCGCCCUGCUGGUGGGUCGCGUUUAUGUAAUGGGCUCCCAGCUGCCCAUCUUCACCCGCUUCGAUAAUCCGGCCUCGGCGGCGGCAACGCCUGUGCGCCAAUUGACUUAUGGCUACCUCAUUUACCUGAACUGCUGGCUAUUGCUCUGCCCAUCUCUCCUCUGUUGCGAUUGGACAAUGGGCACUGUGCCCUUGCUGGAAGGAUUUGGAGACGCACGAAACAUGGCCACGCUGUGCACCUUCCUGGCACUGGGCGCACUGAUAGCCAAGGCUUGCCUCUCACGGUCUCUGGCGCAAUCACGAACGCUGCUGAUGUGUCUUGGCUGGAUUGUGUUGCCAUUUUUGCCCGCUUCGAAUCUAUUCUUUCCGGUGGGAUUUGUGGUCGCUGAGCGCAUUCUGUAUAUGCCCUCGAUGGGAUACUGUUUGCUGGUUGCCUAUGGCUAUCAUCAGUUGCAGCGUCGUUUUCACUCCUCCCGUUGGAUUCGUCUUUCCCAAGUGGCGCUCGUUUCACUCCUACUGGCGCACGGCCUGAAGACGCAGCAGCGCAACUGGGACUGGCGGACGGAGUAUUCGCUGUUCAUGUCCGGUGUUCAUACAAAUCAGCGCAAUGCCAAAUUGUACAACAAUGUGGGACAUGCGCUGGAGAACGAGGCUAGGUAUGAGGAGGCACUGGUCUACUUCCAGCAGGCUGUGGACAUACAGCAAGAUGACAUCGGCGCCCACAUCAAUGUCGGACGCACCUACAACAAUCUCAAGCGCUAUGAGGAGGCGGAGCAGGCCUACAUGCGAGCCAAGGCACUCUUCCCGCAAGCCAAGGCUGGAGUUAGCUAUCACGCUCGCAUUGCACCCAACCACUUGAAUGUUUUCAUCAAUCUCGCCAAUCUGAUAUCCAAAAAUCAGACACGACUGGAGGAGGCAGACCAUCUCUACCGGCAGGCAAUUAGCAUGCGCAGCGAUUACGUUCAGGCUUAUAUCAAUCGAGGCGAUAUUCUUAUGAAGCUCAAUCGUACAGCUCAGGCGCAGGAGGUUUACGAGCAGGCGCUCCUUUAUGACAGCGAGAAUGCGGAUAUCUAUUACAAUUUGGGCGUUGUCUUCCUAGAGCAGGGCAAGAGCCAACAGGCGCAUGUGUACUUUAACAAGGCAAUCGAAUUGUAUCCGGAACACGAGCAGGCGCUGCUCAAUUCGGCCAUUCUGCUGCAGGAGCGGGGAGGAGAGGAGGCACGCCAAUUGUCGCGCGCCCGUCUCUACCAAGUGCUGGCCAGAGAUGCGAACAACGAGAAGGUGUACUUCAAUCUCGGCAUGCUGGCAAUGGAUGAGGUCAACUUCGAUGAUGCCGAGCAGUUCUUCAAGCGUGCAAUCCACCUCAAAUCGGAUUUUCGCAGUGCUCUCUUCAAUCUGGCCCUAUUGCUGGCCGACUCCAUGCGUCCGUUAGAUGCAGUUCCAUUUCUUCAUCAACUGAUUCGUCAUCAUCCCACGCAUGUAAAGGGAUUGAUCCUGCUAGGCGACAUAUACAUUAAUCACAUGAAGGAUCUGGAUGCAGCCGAGAAGUGCUAUCGAAGCAUACUCGAACACGAUCCUCACAAUACGCAGGGUCUGCACAAUCUCUGUGUGGUUUUCGUGGAGCGUAAGUGGAUGGCCAAGGCCUCUGCCUGCCUUCAGUUCGCUCAGCAAUUAGCCCCCGCCGAGGAUUACAUUGGCCGUCACCUUCAGAUUGUCAAUGCACGUCUGCAAAAAAUCAACAAGUUACCUGAUACGUCGCCGGAGCGAUUAUUAGCUUACAAGGACUAUGAUCCCCUUGAAUUCGUACUGCCUGAAAUAGACAAGACCAGCACGCCGUCAUAGCGGCAAUCGGCCUUAAACUUCCAAUAAUUCCAAUUCGUCAGAAAACUUACGUCUUAUACAAAAAUUGUACAUUGUACAGGAUAUAAAUUGAAUCUUAGUUGGAUUGUCGUUUUAAUGAUAAAAAUGUGAAUUGAAGGUUUUUACCUAAAGUACGUAAUCACAACCUGACCUUAUUUUGUAUAUAAAGCUAAUCGUUUUUUUAAGUAAAAUAAGACCUACCGAAAUAUUGCAUUUAUUAUAGACGAACGAAACUGUACUUAACAUUGAAUAAAAAGAUUCUGUACUUAAAUGUGAA